GGAACUUUGAGAAGUUCUUGGUGGACAAGAACGGUAAGGUUGUCGAACGUUAUCCGCCAACAACAUCACCUUUCCAAAUCGAGAUUUGAAAUUAUGGACGAAGCAACUAGUAACAAUCCCAUGGCCAGCUCUACUGGCACACCUUCCGAAAGAGUUCUGCCAACGAAUGUUAGUGAGAGUGAAGAAGGUGCAUUCGGAACUUCAGAUGUGUGGCCACACUUUACAAGAAUGAAUUGGUCGGAUAAGCCAAAUAGACUUGCUGGUUGCAAAUACUGUCCAAAGCAAUUGAAGUGUGCAUCUACUUCUGGGACUAGUAGUUUGAGAAUACAUUUGCAAAGAUGUAGAGUAUACCCGUAUAGUGAUGUUAACUUGAAGAGUAAUAGAACUCCUAACGUUCAGGCAACUGGUGUUCAUGGUACUAGCAAUGCAUCUCCCUCUUUUGUAGCUCAAGCAUAUGACCCAACUGUCUCAAGAAUGAAGCUUGCUAGAAUGAUUAUCAUAGACGAGUUAGCUUUUAGACAUGUUGAGCGUGAAGGAUUU